AUGGCCGAUAGCUCGAGGAAGAGAAAGCAGCCCUCCAACACGGGCCCCGCCAAUCCUGUCAAACGCACCCGGUUCCAGCAACGCCCGCAGUAUGUCAUCCCCGCGGUUCCGACUACCAACGCGUACCCCAAUGGCGAGAUCAACGUCAAGAACUUUCUCAAGUCGCACGAGAAUGAGAUCAAGUCGCUCGAGGGCGCCAUGAAGGCGGCCAAGAAAGGGCUUUCGCGACGGGCUUUUCAAGAUGUGCCGAGGGAGUUGAGGAGGAGGACCGCAAGCCACAAUCCGCAGCGCGUACCGAAGAGAUUGCGGACCAGGGCGCGACAGGAAGCUAAAGAAGACAACACGCCCAUUGCUAGAGGUACCAGUGGGAGCGGUGUUGGGAAGGGCAAGAAGAAGUUUCUGAGGAAAGAGGGGAGGGAGCAGAGUAGGCAGAAGGCGAAGAAGAGGAAGGAUGGCAGUGGGAAAGAAGACGACGACGGAGAUGUGAAGAUGGAGGAUGCACCGAAGCAAGUUACGAAGCCCUCACCACCGAAGCCGAAGCGCAAGUUCCCGCCCUUGGCCACGCCCGCUACCCCUCCAUCUCGAUUCCGCAGACGCCAGCGAGACAAGACAUGGCUUCCUACGCAUCUGUGGUAUACCAAGCGCGCAAAGAUGACGGACCCUAAGGAGCCGCUCUGGCGGUUUGCCAUACCAUUGCAGCCAGCGGUCAAGGCAUACCGUCUCACACAUAGAGCUGUAACCCAGCGGGGAGCUGUCGCAUGGGAUAUGAGUUACAUGUCUACUCUCAGCCUGGAGGGUCCUGAAGCCAGUAUAGCGGGGCUACUCAAGGGUCUUCACUUCUCUGCAGAGGGCGCAGAAGACCCAUGGCAGAACAGGGGCAGAGCUAAGAAGUGGAGGAAUGGCACUAGGACCUGGGAAGGCUGGAUAUACGAAAGAGAAGCGGAGCUGCUGAUGAAGACUGCUCAGGUGACUGUCAUCUGGUGUGCACCGCAUGCAGAUGGCAAGAAGACGAAAGCUCUCAUCCGGGUGCAUCCGAGCGCUUUCUUACACCUCUGGGAGGAAGUUGUUCGGACGGCCAAGGUGCAGAAGCCAGCUGUUACCGUUCGAGAUGUCCGCUUUGAUAUUGGAUCGAUUGAGAUUACAGGCCCUGCCGCUGCGGAAGCCCUCUGCUCUAUUCUUGCACCUGUGCCUUCCUCAGAGGCUGGUUCUGAUACUCCACAGUCACUCUGGCCGACUUUGGCCUCUGUGACGGACGCUGCAUCGUUACCAGCCGGUGCGCUGUUGGCAUUUGACGUUUCAGAUCCCCGACUCCGCGAUCCUCCUCGCACUUCGCCAGUAGCACACGAUCAGCAGUCGCUGACUGCCUUGACGAAAACUCUCGCAACUUGGCCAGUCGACAACACUCUGACUGCAGCCUCAAUCUUCGACACCAACAGCCGACUGGCCGCACAGCGAACCAUGCCAUCUCAGAAAUCCAUCAACCGUCGGAAGGGUGCAUGCACAUUAGGCGAAGACCCAGAAGCCCGAUCCACGGAUCCACGUAUUCCGACUCUUGUAUUUACAUCACGAGACAGCAAGUCUUGGACGGUUCUCCUUCCUUGGAAAUGUGUCAUGCCUGUAUGGCGACAGAUUAUGCGCUACCCGGUUUCCACAGGCGGCAACCCUAGAUUCGGCGGCCUGAAAGAGAGACGGCAGGUCGACUUUGAGCGCUCGAAGCCGCACUUCCCGUACGAUCAUCCUGGUACAGAGGCCGGCUGGGCCUGGGAAUUGCGUGAGCGCGAGGUGAGGAAGCAUGAAUGGACUAAGCGUCCGAAGGGUAAGAGGAUUGAAUGGUCGACUAUUGAUCUUGGUAAGGGUAGGAAGGGCGAGAUUGGAGAUCCGUGGUCUUGCGACUGGCAGCGAUUGAUUGCAGAUGUGUCUUCAUAUCAAGAGUCUCGGGCUCCCGUCAGACAGCUCUCUUUCAGACAAGCAGCUGGCUUGAUUGAUGGUCCAGCCUCAUCGAGCGGCCCAUUAUUGCCAACAGGCGUAUUCACUGUCAAGAUCACAAUGGUCCAACGAGGCACCCCUACAGACUGCGCUCGCAUCUACCGACUGCCUACCGACCCACAACUUCGGGGCCAAUGGCUUGCCCUGCUGCCACAACCCGGCACAAAGCGUACGUCGACGAAGCAACAGCGCCGAGGUGUCGUUAAGCAACCAGACCACCUCCAGCGCAGGGAUCUUGCAAGGAGUCUCCUAGACAACGGCCCACCGAGCGCUGGCGAGGAGAAUUACCCUCUAGUCCCUGACGAAGUGGAUCUAAUCGGCUUCGUCACAACGGGCAACUUCAACCUCGCAGAGGGCAUGCCGACCGCGGUUGCGAAUCUGGUAGUGCACAGGGUGCUCACUCCUGGAGCUGACUCGGGCGUACCGAAAUCGGAUCGCGUGUGCAUUGUGCGACAGGCGGGAAGUACCAUCGGCAGGCUGGCGAGAUGGGAGCCCAGCUGCGUCAUGUCUGAGGACCGCCCGGCAGACGACCAGGGCGAGGGCGUCGACGCUGCCGUCGGCCUGCCAUCCGACGCGCUGGCAGAAUUGACUACCAACAUCCUCGACGAUUUGCUGAGCAACAUCGUCUUCACCACGGCCCUGUCAUGCCACCGCUCCGAGAAGCUGCUUCGCAUGCAGUCGGCCGCCACCCAGGCCGAGUCCAUCGCCCUCGCAAACCUCGAGCCCCAGUCGCAGAAGCAAAACACCACGGGCGCCACGUCGAUACCCAUCGCUGAGACGACCGCAGCCAAGUACGAGAACGGACGCGUCUUCCUCAAGGGCAACCCGCUCAAGACAACACCCGAGAUAAUAUGUCCGCACUGCAAGCUGCCCCGGCUGAUGCACCCCAUCAUGGGCAAGGGCAUGCAGAACCCGGACCUGACCAAAGAAUACUGCAUGCUGUAUCCGUGGGUCCAGCGAUCCGGGCACGAUGUCUACGGCAACCCCUUCCCCACCGACAUGGCCAAGAGCAAGAAGGAACGCGAGCUCAUCAAGCAGCAGCAGAAGAACGCCGAAAAGGAGAGCGUAGGCACCCCCGGCUCCCAAGACACCGACAUGGCCGGCGGCGACACCAAGGAGAUCAAACUCAAUACGGGCGGCAAACCCGCCUCGUACAUCCCCUGGCACACCUGUCCCAACUGCAAGCGCAGCUUACUCAUAACGCGAUUCGCCCAACACCUCGAAAAGUGCCUCGGCAUCAGCGGCCGCCAGUCCUCGCGCAACGCCAUGGCUAAACUCACCGGCCAAAAUGGCACCGGUUCAGGCGUCGGCAACACUCCGCUCGGAAGCCGCAUGGGCACUCCUGCUCCUGGCUCCCAAGACCCCUCCGAGAAGACAAAAACAAGCAGUAAAUCAAAGGGCAUUUCGCCCGUCAAACGCUUCGCCGCCACCGACGACGCCGACGACUUCGACGCAGACGAUACCCCCGAGCGCCGCAAGAUGAAGAAAAAAAGCUCGUAUAUCAAGAAAGCUGAUCGUGAUAAACCGUCUAACGGUACCGGUGGAAGUAACGGCACGUUGAAAGUCAAGUUAAAAACAGGGAGGCCUGAUAUGGGUGAUCGGAAGCAUAGUGAGAGUAGUGAGAGGGGCGAGGGGAAACGCGAUAGAGAUGUUGAUGAUGUGGGUGGUGAUUCACCCAAGAAGAAAAAGAUUAAACUUAGUCUUGGUGGUGGGGGGAAGGAGAGGAGUAGGGCGAGUGCAAGUGUGGAGCCCGGGGGUAGUGUAGCGAGUCCGGAGUAG